AUUUGACCGCUUUAGAUGCCGGUGUAGCAGCAGCAUUGUAGCUGUGAACAACAGCUGGCUAGCUAACGUUAGUUAUCAAAAUAUCCCCAAACCCUGGGGCUGCAUUUAACUGCUGUUAGCUAGCUAAAGGCUAGCUUUAUUGACAUAAUAUGCAGAAGUAUGAAAAGCUUGAGAAGAUUGGAGAGGGUAAGUGUGCCUGUUUCUUUCCCAGAGAAUCUCUAACGUUAGCUGAUGUUGUUUUCUGUUAGCAUUGCUAGAUCGCUAACGUUAGCCAGCUAGCGAUUUUGAAUGACAAGUCAUUGACAUUGGUAUGUUACACACACUUUUGAUAAUAUUUUUACUAGCUAUCAGCAAGAUUAAGCCACAAUGACAAUAUUUAGGUAGUUCAUUUAAUUAAAGUUAGUUAGCUAGUUAACGUGAGCUAGCUAACUUUUCAUUAUUCCAGUCCUGGGCAAGUUAGCUAGCUUGCUUAGCUACAUAGUACAUUGCUAACUAACACAACCCAUUCAGUCAAGCUAUCUAGUAAACGUUGUGAUUUCUUUCUGCAGGUACAUAUGGAACUGUUUUCAAAGCAAAAAAUAGAGAAACGCAUGAAAUCGUGGCUUUAAAAAGAGUGAGAUUGGAUGACGACGAUGAGGUAGGAAUUAUUGAGACUACAAAUAUAGCUACCCUACAGCUAGCUUGCUAAAGCUAGCCAACUGGUUAGUUUGCUAACGUUAUGGCAUAUUUGUAGAUGGCUCAAUUUGGUUGCUAUAUGCUGGUUUCUUGCAGGGGGUCCCAAGUUCUGCCCUGCGAGAAAUUUGCCUCCUGAAAGAACUGAAGCAUAAAAACAUUGUGAGGUAUGUCUGAUGUGAAAUUUGUCAAAUUCUGAAAAUGCAUAAAUAGUUGGACAUCUGCCUGACUCAGUACUUAAGUGGCUAGUAUAUUACUUUUCAAUAGUGUAAUUUAUAGCAUUAGAUUGAAUAUGUUGCUAUGCAAAGAGUUUAAUUGACAUUUCAUUUUGCUUUUCUUAGAUUGCAUGAUGUUCUGCACAGUGACAAGAAGUUAACAUUGGUGUUUGAAUUUUGUGAUCAGGUGAGUUCUGCCAGAUGUAUGCAAAUGCCAUUAUUGUAUGAAGAGGAGUUUGUUGUUGCUAUAGCUAUGACAAUUUACCAAUUUAAAGUAGAAGUGCCCACAAGAUAAGGGUUUUCUCCCCAGUGAUUCACUUGUUUGAUUUGAUGUGGGAUUUGUUUUUGCUGGGGUGCAGUGAUUUAACUUGACUCUUACAACCACAGGAUCUAAAGAAAUACUUUGACAGCUGCAAUGGAGACCUAGAUCCAGAAACUGUCAAGGUGAGUCAUUGAGAUUCAAAUAACGUGCAGAAUAUAGCUCUGAGAAACAUGUUUGUGUAACCACACCAUGAUGUCCCAUGACUGUAACUAAGUCAAAUGCAUGUCAUGUCACACCAGUGGUGGUCAGUGUCGUUUAAGAUGAAGGAGGACAUUUUUUUUCUUCUCAUGAGCAUGGCCUUAUUUCUUUAACAGCAUAUUAGAUGACUCUCAUUCAUAUUCCAUUCACCCAGUUCAAUGUAACAGCGAUAGGUUUAGGCUACUACAUGAUACUAGAAUUUUCCCUAUAACCAUUUAGAGGUUGCUACAACCUAAUCAAAUCAAAUCAAAUCAAAUUUUAUUGGUCACAUGCGCCGAAUACAACAGGUGCAGACAUUACAGUGAAAUGCUUACUUACAGCCCUUAACCAACAGUGCAUUUAUUACCUAGCCUAUGAAUGAAAGUUUCCAGUGUAGGUGCACACAGGUCGAGAGACACAUUUGAGGUGACAGACAGUGACAUUCAAUACCACCUUGCACACUCUUGCCUGCAUCUAGCUGAUAUAGGGUGUAAUCAUUAGUCCAACGGUUGCAAACAAGAGUUUCUAUUGGACAAAUUCAGGUAUAUUAAUCCCCGUUUUGUUCCAUUUGCUUCCAUUUAAGAAACGUUUUUCAACAGAAUCGGCGGAAUUAAUACACCCCUGAUCACGCGUAAACACAGUUCACUUUCAUAGCAUCCACGUUGUAUUCCUUCUCGCAUCUAUGUGCUCUCCUCCUCUCACCUCUUCCCUUCAUUUGUGGACUUCAAUGCACAACACAUCAGCUGUAUCUGACCAGGCAAACAAUCUUUCCAGGCCAAACCACAACACACAGCCUACAUCGUUGGCACCAUAUUAGCUAAAGUAACGUCAGAGUCAACAUGGCUAAUAGAACUAACACGUUAGUACACCUGCUACAAUCAUACAGUAAUGUUACAGUUUACAGUCAGUAAGCAAUUACACCAGCGGGCCCCGGUGGCAAUAAAUUAGUAAAACCAAAAGCUUUCCUUGACUUGGAAGAGUUCCAGUGUUGUGUUGGAAAGUCAUAGCCAGCUAGCUAACAUAGCAUCCCAGGGUGUUUCAGUAGGCUAAACUAGCUAGCUGUAUUUGCUAGCUAAGUAAGUGAAACUGAAAGUGAGAAAAAAAGACAAUCUCUCUCUCUUUUGCUUCUCCUUCAUUUUGAAAGAAAUUAAUUUACAACUGUUUAACUAUUGUCUUUCUCUCUCUUUGAGUCAACUACUCACCACAUUUUUAUACACUGCAGUGCUAGCUAGCUGUAUCUUAUGCUUUCAGUACUAGAUUAAUUAUCUGAUCCUCUGAUUGGGUGGAAAACAUGUCAGUUCAUGCUGCAAGAGCUCUGAUAGGCUGGAGGAUGUCCUCCGGAAGUUGUCAUACUUACUGUGUAAGUCUAUGGAAGGGGGUGAGAACCAUGAGCCUCCUAGGUUUUGUAUUGAAGUCAAUGUACCCAGAGGAGGAUGGAAGCUAGCUGUCCUCCGGCUACACCAUGGUGCUACCCUACAGUGCUGUUGAGGCUACUGUAGACCUUCUUUGCAAAAUAGUGUGUUUUAAUCAAUUAUUUGGUGACGUGAUUAUAUUUAGUAUAGAUUUAUCUAAAAAGGAUAACUUUUUAAAUGUUUAAACAUUUUUAUGAAAUUAACUGAGGAGGAUGGUCCUCCCCUUCCUCCUCUGAGGAGCCUCCACUGUGUCACACAAAUUAUCGUAUAACUUCAAAGAGUACCACCAAAGAGUACCACAUUGAUAGUGAGAAUGAAGUAUUACUGCCUUAUUGUCUUUCUAUAUCUCUGUGCUUAACUCAGUCUUCCCCUACUUUCUGUAUGUGCAGUCGUUCAUGUACCAGCUGUUGAAGGGGCUUGCCUUCUGCCACAGUCGGAAUGUUCUCCACAGAGACCUGAAGCCACAGAACCUCCUUAUCAACAGGGUAAGUCAGUGGAAUGUUGGGCUUUGACUGGUUAAGUUCUAGUUCUAGAAAGUUAGAGGACACACUGUGCUGUAUGUAGCUUAACUGAAACAGAAAUUAUCUUGCUUAGUUAGUGAGAAAAUAAUGUACCUUUACAUAGCCUACAAUGUGGUAUGAUUUGCUCCUUUUAGAAUGGGGAAUUGAAGCUGGCUGACUUUGGCUUGGCUCGAGCCUUUGGAAUCCCAGUGAGAUGUUACUCAGCAGAGGUGAGAGAAUCAUUAUAUGAUAUGAUGACAAUUAUUGUGUUAAUUUGGAUACGACCAAAGAAAAUUAGUGCCUAAAUUACUGGUGACACUAAAGCUUCUCUCUCUCUCUGUAGGUUGUGACGUUGUGGUAUAGGCCCCCAGAUGUGCUCUUCGGUGCUAAGCUUUAUUCUACCUCCAUUGACAUGUGGUCUGCUGGAUGCAUAUUUGCAGGUAUGUGUAACCUUAAGGUCAAAAUUGCACAGCAAGUUCAAGGGGAUGAUUGUACACUACUUACCUGUGUUAUACUGCUCAAAUAAGUUAGGGCCUCUACCUUUUGUUGAUCUUCUAUAACUUUUGCUUUUUUCAUUUAGAGUUGGCAAAUGCUGGAAGGCCCCUGUUCCCGGGUAAUGACGUUGACGACCAGCUGAAGAGGAUCUUCCGAUAUCCUUUCAGAGGUGUUUAGAUAGGUAACCAGGUUCGGUAUACUGUCUGUGUUGUGUGGUAUGUAGAAACAAAGGCACUGUAACUAAAGUUGGUCCACUUUGUUGAGAUGAAUCUAUUGCAGUGACUAAACUUGAUCAGUCCUAUUUACUGGUGAAAGUCUUUCCUUAAUGCUGUGGCACAUUGUUGGGUACACCAACGGAAGAACAGUGGCAGACAAUGACAAAGCUCCCAGACUACAAGGUAGGCUAUCCCACUGAUGAUGUCAAUUACUGUUGAUCAUACAGAAACUCAUGUUUUCUACUGCCUUCAGGAAAAUAAGAAUAUAUGAUUUGCAAGGUAUGAGAGUAAUUGACGUUUCCAGAUUACAGAUUAAUCUAUAAGAGAUUGAACAAAUAUUUUCUGCGCUGCUGUCUGUUUACUGUACAUCCGUUUUCUCUGUCGUUUUUACCUACAGCCGUACCCCAUGUAUCCAGCCACGACCUCACUGGUGAAUGUUGUCCCCAAACUCAGUAGCACAGGACGGGAUCUGCUGCAGGUUAGUAUUGCCCCCCACAUGACCAAUAUAUGAAUCAGUAUGCCGAGAGUGUGCAAAGCUGUCAUCAAGGCAAAGGGUGGCUAUUUGAUGAAUCUCAAAUAUAAAAUAUAUUUAGAUUUGUUUAACACUUUUUUGUUUACUACAUGAUUCCAUAUGUGUUAUUUCAUAGUUUAUGUCUUCACUAUUAUUCUACAAUGUAAAAAUAAAGAAAAACCCUUGAAUGAGUAGGUGUGUCCAAACUUUUGACUGGUGGUAUAUAUGUGCAAACCCACACUGUGGAGUUACAACAAAACUAGUUGUGUGUAGUGUGUACCUGGCAUACAGCUUAGACAGGAAUAUCAAGUUGUCACUAGGUGGAGUCAGUGCAAAGCUUUUCCCAAAUGUCGCUUGAAUAAUUGAGAAAUGUUGCCAUACAAACACACAUCUGACUUGCAUUCUUUUUUCUUUUUCUUUUUUAGAAUCUGUUGAAGUGUAAUCCUGUCCAGAGGAUCUCUGCAGAGGAGGCAUUGCAGCACCCUUACUUUGCUGAUUUUUGCCCACCUUAGAUGAGGUGCCAAAACACGUCACUCAACUGAACCUCUGCCAUCGGAAUCAAUUCUCUUUCACUCCCAUCUUCUCAACAGGACCUGUCUAUCCCGACUCCUAAUAAGGCUCAUCCUCCAGCAGCACCUGUUUUAACUAAGACACUUCCCUUCAGUACAUCCUGUUGUGCCUCCUAAUGGAAUCAAGUCCUUGUGGGCUCUGCAAUAUUUUAGAUUAUGUUAGCAAGCCUGUCUGUCUGCUCUUUGUCUGUGAAGCGCACUGAUAUGGAAACAUAACAUGUAGCGAUGAACAAAUCUGGACCCAGAGAACCAGUGAAUCCUUCUGAGCCAAUAGCUGCACAGCAGAGUAAGCGGUUUGAACAAUUGAAGUAGCGUGCUGCUUAAUGUACUGGCAAAAAAGUAGUUAUUUGGAAACAUUGUUCAAAUAGUUUUAAUGUGCUACUGCUGUUAACUUGUCAAUAUUUCAUUAAUAGGUCAUAAUAAGAUUGGAGACAGACUUGCAUAUCCUCCUUGUCCUUCAUCAUAGUCAUAACACAUUUCCACUUACUUUAAUAGGAGAUGGUAAAAUGGAGGGGGAGGUAUAUUUAUCAGUUACUUCUCAGGCUCACCAUUUGGCUUUUUGUGUUAGUUUUUUUUCGCACUUUGUAAAUGUCAGUUGCUUUUUUAGUAGUUUUAAAUCUGAUCCGCUCUAUCAAGUAAAGUUGAACACUGAAAGUCGGUACUGUCGAAGCUUGGGCCAACCGAUAUUUAUUAUGAACAGUGGACCAUACGAACUUGAGUCAUUGCUUUUAUUUUAUAGUUUCAUUUUUGUAACUUUCUACCAUCUUUUGUCAUUGACCUAAUGUCUUAUAGCUUAGUGAAAGUGAAGAGGAGGAAAUCCACUGAUACCUGUAUUACUACAUUACGAUUGUUUUGCACCACUCUGACUUUGACUGUGUCAUUCAGAUGGGUAACUUAAUUUUGGCAAGGAACUAGCAGGUUUUUCCAGUGUUAUUUUACACCAGAUAGUUGCUACUUAUCCCACGAAAGCCACAAUUAUAAGUCAUCUUUGAGGUUGCUGUCAACUACCAAAACAUUUGGUUUUCAUCGAUUAGGAAAAUAUGUAUUAUCAUUUUGAUGAUGUAAGAUGACAAACAUAGAAUGCAUGUAUUUAUUGAUAAUUGAAUGUCUGCUUAUGUGUGUAUUUAGUCCUUUUUUCUACAAAACAAAUUACUUUCAGGAGUUGUAUAUGCUCUCCUUAUUAAAAUAAUGGCAUUUGUGAAAAUUAGAUCCAUGGCAUUUGUACGGCUCUUUAUAGUAUGCAUUGACGUUUGCAUCGGAGUUCAGAUAAGAUUCCAUUAUCACAUGCACAUAUGUUGGAUCUUAAUUUGACCAGUUUCUC